AUGAACGCGUGGUGCCUGGGCGCGCGACGACGACCGACGCACGACGGUGGGUCGGACGGCGACGCCGAGCGAACGAAAGCGCACGCGAGCGCGUCGUCGAGGCGAGAGGCUGGAGAUCAUCCACCGGAACACGUGCACGCGUCGUACGCGCGGGACGGGUUCAAGGAUGAGAAGCACGAGCUCGAACAUCGAAGAGGAACACGACGCGCGAGGUUGUGCAUCGUGUUGAUGUGCGUGGUGUUGCUCGCGCUCGCGAUGACGCGACCGAUGUACGCGCCGUACAUCGACGUGUUCGAGUCGCGGGACGAGAAGACCGCGGCGCCGCCGACGAAGUCGCCGCCGCCGCCGCCGACGACGACGACGGACGAGGGAAGGAGCGGGCGAGGAGAGGAAAAACAUAGGAAAUUCGGGUGGUUCGGGUGA